AUGGAUGUUCAUAGUGAUGGGAAUCAUGAGAAACGGAAGAUUCAAAUAAGAGGUUAUGGAUUUCAUAUCCUUAUGGGAUGCCUUAUUUGUGCAGUAAUAAUGUGGUUUUUUGAUCAAGGGCCAGUUCUUCCUCCCUUUGGCGAAAGUUUUCAAUCAAUCGAUUGCAAUUCAGUUAAAUUCUUAAAUUACAAUAAAACAGGAAACAAGCUAUUUCUAUUUUUCCAGGCAGAUGACUCAGUUGAAUAUCCUACACCUUAUUUACCACAUUUUCUUUCGGUAGAUGCAUAUUCUGAGAUCGGCAGAGUACUAUACACAGAAGGUAAUAUCAAAAAUCUUUCCAAAAAGGACAAUAUCAUUAGCUUAUCAAUUGAUUAUCCAAUUUCUGGAGAUUUAAAUCUUUAUCUUCAAUGCUUAAACGACGACAUCGACAACAUAAACAUUACAGUUACAGAUAUCCAAACACCAACAACUGAUGAUAGCGCUAGUUUGGACCCGGGAAACGAUUAUUUCGUGUUCGAAAAGAUUUGUUUUGAUAGAGACAUCAUUCUAUACUUCACACCUCCUCAUGCCGAGUUCAAGAGCUUUAGAUACGAUGACCAACUUAUCAAAAUUCAUACUUAUCCGUUCCCAUUUUCACAAUACGCCCAAUAUACGAAUAGUACAAUGGUAAAUGAAACGGCAUACGUUGUUUCAAAGUUCGACUUACAUUGGUGGCAUGCUGUUUUGUUCAGUUUAGGACCUUUGGCCGAUUCUAUUUCCAGAACAGCAUUAAACGAAAAACAAAAGCUGCUAACGCUUGGUCUUCCUCAACAAGGAAACACAGUAUUAUACGGACGCAUCAAUCCGCAAGGAACUGUGAAAGUUAAAAAUGUAACUUGUUUUAGAAGACUUGUUUUCACAGGAACGAAGUAUAACAUGGAUUUCACACAUGAAGAUGAUAUAAGAUAUGCUCUACAACUCAAUUAUUCCACUUUAAGGAAAAAUUAUAUCAAAUCUCAAAGAUUUCCAAAGAGAAUCGUCCUUCCUACAUGCAUGAGCCACUUAGAAGAUGAUACAAAGCUCGCCUGCCCUACUUGCGAGGUUUCUUCCCUUCGUCCUCAAGAUGAUAUUCAAGCUGCUGCAGAUAUCGUUGGCCGAGCGACUGUUUUCGUAGGAAAUCACUUAAAUAACCUCGCAUUGUCCGUAUUUUUAGAGCCAAACAAAACAGCCAUCGUUGAUGUUUCACCUCCAAAAGAUUUUUGCAUAGAUUACAUGAAGGACUUCGCAAAUCACUUAAAUGUGUCUUAUUUCCCUGUCCAUAAGAAGCCAGAACAUUGCCAAUGCAAGGAUUUCAAAUGCAUGCAGAAACUUCCUCCAAUUGAGGCUGAUGUUGACAGAGAAGCUUACAAACAAGCAAUUAUUGAUGCUGUGGCUUUGACAAUGUAA